GGAUGUUAAUUGACACACCUGCCACAAGCUCUGAAACCUUAAUUGUCGAAGCAGGUAGUUACUAGCAAAGUUUGCCUUCCCUUCGUCUUGGAGCAGUGUACAGAUAAGGAGAUUGUACUCAGACGAACGCGAUGUCAUUGCCUAACGACACGAAUGCCACAGACGAGGAUGAUGACCCUCAAUAUGAAGAACCCCCUCCACUGCGUAUUUUUCGUCUUGCCUUGUUUUCCUUGAUUAUCUUGGCCAGCCUAAUCGGUAACUCGGUAGUUUGCAAAGCGGUAUGGAGUAUGCCUUCCCGAAAGCCGUUUUCAUACCAUCUUGUUGCCAAUAUGGCCUUUGCAGAAAUCAUCAGCUCUCUGUGUUUGCCUGUCAUGAUGGUGUUCGGUUUUGAAGACGGACACGAGAUUGAGAUCGUCCACGAUAUCAAUUGCAUUGUAAAUCCCAUCCAAGUUCUUUCAAUGAUGGUAGUAACUUAUUCGCUGGCCGCUCUCGCAUUACACCGGUACCGAGUUCUCAUCAACCCAGUUGCAAGAACUCUGUCGAUUAAACUGAAACUUGCAACAUUUUUUUGUCUGUGGUUACUGCCCACAGUUGUUUGUAUCCCCUUGUUCCUCUCGUUUACGUUUGAAAAUGGCCAUUGCCGUCUAUAUCAUGGAUCCAGCGUUGGAAGUACCUUAACUUACGAACUUGUGAGAUUCGUCCUAAAUUUCGUCCUACCCUCCUUGGUCAUGGUGGCAUCUUACGCAGCUGUAGCGUGGAACCUAAGACAGAGAAUCGGCCGAAAGGCAGCCGAGGCAAGGGGCUCGAUCAUUCCAUCAUCGCAUACCGCUGAAGUCGAUAUUGAUGAGCCUGUAGAACUUCAUGCAUUGAAAAACAACAAGGAGGGAGAAGAAGAACAGCAACAAGCUUGCCAAACCGCCCCAAGAGUGUUGGUCGCCGUAGAUAACUGCAGAUGUGUUAAGAAAGAAAACUCCACUGACGCCGAACAAGAUUUACUGAAGAUGAUAUUUGUGAUAAUCCUGAUCUUUGUGUUUUGUUAUUUUCCUUAUCAAGUAGUCUCUUUGUGGGAAACAUUAGCUGGAAUAAGCGACUGGCAAUUUCGGCAUCACAGUUUGAUGCGAAUAUACCUGUUUAUUUUAACUUGUGUGCCAAGUGCUUUGCAUCCUGUGUGUUACGGAACAAUGAACAGUUUUUAUGCUAAGGCAUUCUCGAAGAUUUUCCUGUGUAAACCCUAGCUGAACUGAUGCUUUACGGGAAUUGCUAUAAUGGGUCAGAGAUACUAGAAUGAAUGUCGGCAGGGGCACCCAACGGCUGUUUUCAGUAAAAUAUCCGUGUUUGGAGAAGCAAAUAUUGCCUAGAAUUUUCUAUUACUUGAGGACGGCUAAAAAUUUCUAGAUGACCGUUCCAUUCAUGUACAAUUUUCCAAGCUCAUAUAAUAAAUUCGCUACGAUUUUCUCAAGUUUAAUUUUUCGCAUUUCACUGCCCAGGUUAGGCUAUUUUUCGUAGAGAAAAGGAAACCUAAAAUUUUAGAAUUGAAAAAGGCGAUGGAGAGAGGAAUCAGAAAAUGUCUCACUUUCGUAACACGUCAAAUUGCAUCUAAAAUUUUCGGGAAAAUAAUACUCAAGCCCUUGUAAUUUCGAAAAGACUCAAGUUGACCUAGGAUGACCGAACUGAAACAAAUUUUAUGGCGCCGCUUAGGAUGCAUUUCUAACUUGAGUACUCUGGAUAGCCUAAAAUUCUCAAUGUAUUUAGGAGGAAACUGUCGUUUGGUGCUCCUUUGUCGGCUCCUUGAGAAUCUGGAUCGUACUGAAACUUAGUAAUAAAAAUGGCAAGGUUUCGUUCUUGCUGUUAGUUACCACGCGUGCAUGGCCGUUUUUCGUCGAAUAAUGGCAAGUAGUUGGCUGCGCGCCGAGAAAUAGAAAAUAUAUUUAAAAUUUUAUAUAAGCCUUGUUUUCUACGCGUCACUCUUACAUGCAUGCCUUUCAGGGAUUCAGGGACGCCAUCCGAUCUCAAUAUAGGAAGUUACCACCACUCCCAAAAGACGGCCUGAGAAUUACCUGUUUUCAAUUAAAAUUGAUUUUUACUUCCCUUAUCCGACUCUAAUUAGUCUUCCUUUCCACUUGAUGCGCCAAGCAUAAAUUAAAAUGAGUUAGUUGUUAUUUGAUUUUUAUGGACCGCAAUUAUUCAUCAGCAGAAGUUUGUGGAAGCCGUGUCUGAGAAGUGUGCGAGUGCCUCAGUGUAGUUAUCUUGCGAGAACAGACAUUCAGUUUUUUAGUCACCUUUUAAGAUCUUUUAAGGAUAAAAACUGAAGUGUUCUUUCGUAAAUCUGGUCUCAAUUAAAAAAAGACCGAAACGAGAGCACUGCAUUCGCACUCCAACAUUCGCUGGGGCGCUUCAUUUUUAGUGACUUGGAAAAAAGAAGAAAGUUAGGUGAGCGUUUUAAAAUUAUCAAACUUCAAGCAGCUCGAAUUCGUUUGCUCAACAAGUAUCACGUUUUUAGUGUUCGCCCGGUUCAGUUGAUUUCUGUGAUAUGAAUGCAUGCAGGUGUGUAGGGUAGGGUCGUGUCAUUUUUUUGUAAGGUUUUUUAUUUUGUCUUUUUGCUUGUGCUAUAUAUUAUAUUGGCACAAAAUGUACAUAAAAGAAACAUGUGUUGAUUCAGAAUCGCUGACAUCUGAUCACUGUUCAACAUUGUUGACCUACAAAUAUUGCAAUUGUUUAUUUAGUUGAACAGUACGUUUAUCAUUUUCUGUAUGUUUGGAUAGUUCACUCAACACGUCAGAGAACGUUGUUUAAUAACAGUCAGUA